AUGGCCGCCACCGCGUCCUUGUCCGCCGUCGCGGCGCCCCUGUCCGUCGCCGGGCUCAAGAAGGCCGCGUCGUUCCGGCCCCUGCCGGUGGCCAGGGCCGGCAGGCCCGCGGCGAGGAUGACGGCCGUCCGGGCGUCCUCCGCGUCCGUGCAGGAGAAGCUCACGGCCGGGCUGACCGCGGCGGCCGUGGCGGCGGCGCUGGUGCUGCCCGAGGUCGCGGAGGCCGCGUCCCCGGGGCUGUCCCCGUCGCUCAAGAACUUCCUGCUCAGCAUCGUGUCCGGCGGGGUCGUCUUCGCCGGCAUCGCCGGGGCCGUCGUCGCCGUCUCCAACUUCGACCCCGUCAAGAGGACCUGA